GCCCGGGGAGCUGCGCCUAAACCAGCGGCCCUCGCUGCGCGCCAGGACAUCCAUCAGCGCACCAGAGGACGGCAGAAUGAAGCUCAUCGUGCUCGCGCUAGCCGCCGGCACGGCCGUCGCCGAGUGCCCGAACGUGAGCAGCAGCGUUGCAACAAAGGCCGGCCAGAGAAAGGCUGCCGCCCGGGAGCGCCCCGCAAGAGGCAGCCCCCGCCGUCCCAACGCGGGCUCGGGCACCCCCGCUCCCACGGAAACACACAAACGCGCCGCGAGGGGACCCCCGUCCGCGCGGACCGCCCGCGCCGCGCGCCCGGACGUACCAACCCACAAAAAACAACCCCGCUCGCGCCGCGCCGGCGGCGACGGACGCAUAAAACCCAUAAACCGCACGAGAGACACCGCACCGCGACGCGAGGAACGCAUGAAACAAGAGAGACCGCUCCAAGGCCGGACGAACUAACCCAUAAAAAAACGCGCAGGCGUGCUCGGGCCACGGCUCCUGCGGCGCCUUCGACGAGUGCGCCUGCUUCCCGAACUGGCAGGAGGCCGACUGCUCCGGGCGCACCUGCCCCUUCGCCGCGGCUCAUGUGGAUACGCCCAAGGGCGACCUCGACGGCUCCGCCGACGCGCUCUCGGGGCCCGCCGCGGGCGUGAACACCGUCAACAACGUCGUCGUCGGCUCGAUGGUCUACCCGCACGGCACGACGGAGCAGUACCCCUACAUGGCCGACUCGGCGGGCACGCAGCUCACGAACACGGGCCACGCCUACGCCGAGUGCGGCAACAAGGGCAUCUGCGACCGCGGCAGCGGCGAGUGCGAGUGCUUCCCGGGCUACGCGGGCGCGGGCUGCCAGAAAGCCACCUGCGCCGACCCGACGUGCUCGGGCCACGGCAUCUGCAUGAACGCCCAGAACCUGGCCGCCCAGGACCACGACAACGUUUAUAAUCUGUGGGACGCCGAGGUCGGCUUCUCGUGCCUCUGCGAGCCGGGCUAUUCCGGCCCGACGUGCGCCUCCAAGAUGUGCAAGUACGGCAUCGAUCCUUUGUAUUACGACGACGACGUCAUGGCCGUCCGCGCGCCGACGGCGCGCGUGUCGUUCUCCGUGGGCAACCUGACGGGCACGAAGGCCGUCGGCGACGCGGCAGCCUUCGGCGCGGCCCGCAAGAGCUUCCUCGAGGGCACGUACGCCAUCAAGUUCUACGAUGCUUUUGGAGAGGACUACGAGACCGCGCCGUUGAGCGUGGGCGCCAAGUGCCCCGAGGUCGUCGCGGCCCUGGAAGGCAUGGCCAACGACGUCGUGCCGAAGCACGGCGUGGCCUGCACCAUGCGCGGCUACACGAAGAGCGACAAGCCGGUGAACGGCAAGGGGCCGGGCCUCCAGACCGUGGCCUACGAUUUAGUUUUUGAGGAGAACCCGGGGGACCUGAAGCCCAUCGAGGUCAACGCCUACCUCGACGGCGAGCGCCCCACGGUCUACCUCGCGGACGGCAAUUCCACCGACCAGGAGUUCAACGUCGACAUCGACGUCUUCCCGAACUGGAAGGGCAUCUCCGGCGAAUUCGUCGACUACUUCCCGAGCAUCUGCCACGGCGUCCAGUUCAUGGUCGCGAAGACGCCGCAGAAUGAAAGGACGCUCGGCGCGGCCUUCACCGAUUCCAACAGCGGUUUGUCCGCGGACGAGGAGAAGCUUUUGAAGGCCUGCCUGGGCGACGCCGACGGCAACGCCGACAACAACCUCGAGGUUUAUAAUUGGGACUACGGCACGCCCAAUUCCACCAACACGCCCCACAUCGUGAAAUUAGCGCCGACGGACGACUCGAAGAGCGGCAUGUACGACGCGGGCACCUUCAACCUCGUCUGGUACGGCCGGGCCAACGACAACGCCGACGCCUCGACGAACAAGUUCUACUUUAGCGGCCUGCCCACGUCGGACACGAAUAAGAAGUUCGCCGUCUUCCCGACGUCCGGCGUCGCCACGGUCCUCGCAACCAAUAAAACGGCCGUCACGGCCCGCUUCGACCGAGGCGCGACGAAGGUCUACACGAGCUACGACACGUCCUGCCCCGAGUUGGGGAUUGGCCACAUCAACCACGAGACGAUCAUGAACGCCUGCCUCAACAAGGGCGACAAGGUCUUCCUCUUCAACAACCGCUUCGACACGGCCGACGCCGGCUACGGCGACGGCGACGGCCUGACGGACGCCGAGGUCGACCAGUCGGCGACGGCGGGCAACAUGUACGAGGUCGUCAAGGUCGGCGUCGACGCGCCGUCGGCCACCACCGCCACGACCGAGGACCGCUUCUACUUCGUCGUCGACAAGGCCAUCAACUGGGACGGCUCCGCGACCGCGGCGCGCUCGACGUCCUCGUCGUCCCUGACGGACAACGGCCUCAACGCCGUCGAGGCGGCGUGGCUCUCCAAGCUCGGCGACAGCGCGACCGUUUCUCAACUCAUCGGCCUGCAGACCAUCGUCAAGUUCGACACGUCGACGGCGGAGUCGUACGAGUACGUCGCGCAGUGCUCGGGCCGCGGCCUCUGCAACGAGGGCAACUGCGAGUGCUUCGCGGGCUACACGGGCGACAACUGCAACCUCCAGUCCGCGCUCGCGUCCUAGGGCGCGCGGACCCCUCCCCCCGCGCCCCGCCGCUUAAGUCCGGGUGCCUCUAUAUCCUGCAGUUCCCUUCGCGUCCGGGUUGCCAUCGUCGAUGUCGUCUCGAGCCGGGCGCGACGUGCCGGGCGAUUCUGGAGCAUGGUAAAAAAA